AAGAAAAUAAUUCAUAGUAAGUAAGAGGAUCCAGAAAGUACAAAAAAGAAAAUAUAGUUUUUACUCAAUACAUGAUUUUUAUGUUAGUAUCUACUAGGUUAAACAUGUUUAUUUAUAGUACAAAUUGUACUCAGAAAUCAUAAGACAAAGUUCAGAUUCAUUUAAAAUCUUCCAGCUAGAAUUUGUGUGAAAGAACUUAAGCAACCUUAAUAUUGGCUGAGACUUUUAAAAGAGAAGGAGAAUUUACUUUUUUGCCUAAUCAGGAGGGAGCUUAGUCUGUGUUUAGGAAAUAGUGUGUGCCCUUUGAAUGAAUGGAGUGGCACCGUGAAUCAUGACAGGAUUCCAUUUACUGGCUCUAUGGCCAGCUACUGACAGUCUAUAAGUCUUAAAAGAGAUGGAGUAGAGGAGCUGCAGGUUGGCAUCUGCUCAUUGAUGACAACUAUGUUUAUGAUAUGUUGUGGACUGGUUGGGGCACUGAAGCAGGAGAAUCAGUUGAGCCCACCAAUUCAAGACCAGCCUGGGCAACAUAAUGAGACCUUGUCUCUAAAAAAAUUUUUUAAAAAUGUUGUGGAAUAUGUGUGUAUUGGAUGUAAAUUUUAGUGGUUGCUAAAAUAUUUUCUGCUACUUUAUAGAGAAUAAAUUAUGAGAAAUAGUCAAUCAGAUCAAGAGUGUGAUAUUUUUGUGUGUAAUAAAUAAAAUAUUGGGUGAGAGUCCAUAGCACAUGGAUGAUGCUCAGGAAAUGCUGCUAGACACUGAGCGCUGAAUAAGUUUCAUAAAUACCUGCAAAUAUUGCAUCAGGGGAUCAGUAGUUAAGAUUUUAAAAAAUUAACAUGAAUUCAAAGCAUAAAAGUAUAAUUAUUCUGAUGGAAUUUUUUUUCAGUUGAAACUUUGAUUACAUUUUAAAUGUGUUUUGGAUAUUUCUUGUCUUAGGAAUGUCUUUAUAGUGAAUCUAAUUUUUCCAGUGAAUUUUGAAGUACAAAUUCAAUUCCACAGGAUGCAAGCUUCUGGAUUUAAUGUGGUUAAUAAAUUAUCUGGUGAUAUCUUCCUUUGAUUGUUGUAGGAGAUAAAGUUGUUUUGAUGCCUGUGAAUGCAGGACAGCCACUACAUGCCAGCAACAUAGAGCUUCUUGAUAACCCAGGGUGUAAAGAGGUGAAUGCUGUUAAUUGCAACACCAGCUGGAAAAUCACUUUAUUCAUGAAAUACAGUUCCUAUCGAGAGGAUGUAUUAAAAGGAGGGGACGUUGUUAGAUUGUUUCAUGCGGAACAAGAGAAGUUUUUGACUUGUGAUGAAUAUGAGAAAAAACAGCACAUUUUCCUUCGUACAACCUUGCGCCAAUCAGCUACUUCUGCUACUAGUUCUAAAGCACUGUGGGAAAUAGAGGUGGUUCAUCAUGACCCAUGCCGUGGGGGUGCAGGACAGUGGAACAGCUUGUUCAGAUUUAAACAUCUUGCAACUGGAAACUAUUUAGCUGCAGAGCUUAAUCCUGAUUAUCGAGAUGCCCAAAAUGAAGGAAAAAAUGUGAGAGAUGACCAUCCAACUUCAAAGAAAAAACGCCAGGCAGGGGAGAAGAUCAUGUAUACUUUGGUUUCAGUCCCACAUGGCAAUGACAUUGCAUCCCUUUUUGAACUUGAUGCCACAACUCUUCAGAGAGCUGACUGCCUGGUUCCAAGGAACUCAUAUGUUCGGUUAAGGCAUUUAUGCACCAACACAUGGGUAACCAGUACUAGUAUCCCCAUAGACACAGAUGAAGAGAGGCCUGUUAUGUUAAAGAUUGGAACCUGCCAAACCAAAGAAGAUAAAGAAGCGUUCGCCAUCGUGUCUGUCCCACUGUCUGAAGUUCGAGACUUAGACUUUGCCAAUGAUGCCAAUAAAGUACUAGCGACCACAGUUAAAAAGCUAGAAAAUGGCACAAUAACUCAGAAUGAAAGGAGGUUUGUAACCAAAUUAUUGGAAGACCUCAUCUUCUUUGUUGCUGAUGUGCCUAAUAAUGGACAAGAAGUUCUGGAUGUGGUUAUCACUAAGCCAAACCGAGAGCGUCAAAAAUUGAUGAGGGAACAAAACAUACUGGCGCAGGUAUUUGGAAUUCUUAAAGCACCCUUUAAAGAGAAAGCGGGAGAAGGCUCAAUGCUGCGACUUGAAGAUCUGGGGGAUCAAAGAUAUGCACCCUACAAGUACAUGCUGCGGCUCUGUUACCGUGUCCUGAGACACUCUCAGCAGGAUUACCGGAAAAAUCAGGAAUAUAUUGCUAAGAAUUUCUGUGUCAUGCAGUCCCAGAUUGGCUAUGAUAUUUUGGCAGAAGAUACUAUCACAGCUUUGCUGCACAACAACAGAAAACUACUAGAGAAACAUAUCACAGCAAAAGAAAUAGAGACGUUUGUCAGUUUACUCAGGAGAAAUCGGGAGCCAAGGUUUUUGGAUUAUUUGUCAGAUCUGUGUGUGUCUAAUACCACUGCUAUUCCUGUAACUCAAGAACUCAUCUGUAAAUUUAUGUUGAGUCCAGGCAAUGCAGACAUUCUCAUUCAAACUAAGGUGGUCUCAAUGCAAGCAGACAACCCCAUGGAGAGCUCCAUCCUUUCAGAUGACAUUGAUGAUGAAGAAGUUUGGCUCUAUUGGAUUGACAGCAACAGGGAACCUCAUGGCAAAGCUAUCAGGCACCUUGCUCAAGAGGCAAAAGAAGGCACCAAAGCUGACUUAGAAGUUCUUACCUAUUACAGGUACCAGCUAAACCUCUUUGCAAGGAUGUGCUUGGAUCGCCAGUAUCUGGCCAUAAACCAGAUUUCUACACAGCUCUCUGUAGACCUGAUCCUGCGGUGUGUGUCGGAUGAGAGUCUGCCGUUCGACCUCCGAGCGUCCUUCUGUCGCCUCAUGCUCCACAUGCACGUUGACCGGGAUCCCCAGGAGUCUGUGGUGCCUGUUCGCUAUGCCAGGCUCUGGACAGAAAUCCCCACAAAGAUCACAAUUCAUGAAUAUGAUUCUAUAACAGACUCUUCCCGAAAUGAUAUGAAGAGGAAAUUUGCCCUGACAAUGGAAUUUGUUGAAGAAUAUUUGAAAGAAGUCGUAAACCAGCCCUUUCCUUUUGGGGAUAAAGAAAAAAAUAAACUGACAUUUGAGGUGGUCCACUUGGCUCGGAAUCUUAUAUACUUCGGAUUUUAUAGUUUCAGUGAGUUAUUAAGGCUAACAAGAACACUUCUGGCUAUUUUAGACAUUGUACAGGCCCCCAUGUCGUCAUACUUUGAAAGAUUAAGCAAAUUUCAAGAUGGAGGAAACAAUGUGAUGAGAACCAUUCAUGGGGUGGGAGAGAUGAUGACCCAGAUGGUACUCAGUAGAGGCUCCAUCUUCCCCAUGAGCGUGCCAGAUGUGCCACCCAGCAUCCACCCGAGCAAGCAGGGGAGCCCCGCUGAGCAUGAGGAUGUGACUGUGAUGGACACCAAGCUGAAGAUCAUUGAGAUUUUGCAGUUUAUCCUGAGUGUCAGACUAGAUUAUAGGAUCUCAUAUAUGCUGUCGAUAUAUAAGAAGGAGUUUGGAGAGGACAAUGACAAUGCGGAGACAUCUGCCAAUGGAUCUCCAGAUACUUUACUACCGUCAGCUAUUGUUCCUGAUAUAGAUGAAAUUGCAGCUCAGGCAGAAACUAUGUUUGCGGGAAGAAAGGAAAAAAACCCAGUUCAACUUGAUGAUGAAGGAGGCAGGACAUUUUUACGGGUCCUCAUUCAUCUGAUCAUGCACGACUACCCGCCUUUGCUGUCUGGGGCCCUGCAGCUGCUGUUUAAGCACUUCAGCCAGAGGGCGGAGGUUUUACAGGCAUUUAAGCAGGUACAAUUACUGGUGUCUAAUCAAGAUGUAGAUAACUACAAGCAAAUCAAGGCAGAUCUAGACCAGCUUCGACUGACAGUGGAGAAGUCUGAGCUAUGGGUUGAGAAGAGCAGCAACUAUGAGAACGGAGAAAUAGGGGAAAGUCAAGUGAAAGGCGGUGAAGAGCCAAUUGAGGAAUCAAACAUUUUAAGUCCAGUGCAGGAUGGAACAAAGAAACCUCAGAUUGACAGCAACAAGAGCAAUAACUACCGGAUUGUAAAGGAGAUUUUGAUUAGGCUAAGUAAACUCUGUGUACAGAAUAAAAAAUGUCGGAUUCAACAUCAACGAUUACUGAAAAAUAUGGGGGCACAUUCAGUGGUGUUAGAUCUUCUCCAGAUACCCUACGAAAAGAACGAUGAAAAGAUGAACGAAGUAAUGAAUCUAGCCCAUACGUUUCUGCAGAAUUUCUGUCGAGGAAAUCCACAGAAUCAAGUUCUUCUUCAUAAACAUCUGAAUUUGUUUUUAACUCCAGGUCUCCUUGAAGCAGAAACCAUGCGGCACAUCUUCAUGAACAAUUACCAUCUGUGCAACGAAAUUAGUGAGAGAGUUGUACAGCACUUUGUGCACUGCAUUGAGACACAUGGCCGCCACGUGGAGUACCUGAGGUUUUUGCAAACAAUUGUGAAAGCAGAUGGUAAAUAUGUGAAGAAAUGCCAGGAUAUGGUAAUGACAGAGUUGAUAAAUGGGGGUGAAGACGUGCUGAUAUUUUACAACGAUAGAGCAUCAUUUCCAAUCCUUCUCCAUAUGAUGUGUUCAGAGAGAGACCGAGGGGAUGAGAGUGGCCCCUUAGCCUACCACAUCACCCUGGUGGAGCUGCUGGCAGCAUGCACAGAGGGGAAAAAUGUCUACACUGAAAUCAAGUGUAAUUCCCUUCUCCCCCUGGAUGACAUAGUGAGGGUGGUGACCCAUGACGACUGCAUCCCUGAGGUUAAAAUUGCUUAUGUGAACUUUGUUAAUCACUGUUAUGUUGACACUGAAGUGGAAAUGAAAGAAAUCUAUACAAGUAACCACAUUUGGAAAUUAUUUGAGAACUUCUUGGUGGAUAUGGCAAGGGUUUGCAACACAACUACAGACAGGAAACAUGCAGACAUCUUUUUGGAAAAGUGUGUUACUGAGUCAAUAAUGAAUAUUGUGAGCGGCUUCUUUAAUUCCCCCUUUUCAGACAAUAGUACCAGCCUCCAGACACAUCAGCCAGUUUUUAUUCAGCUACUGCAAUCUGCCUUCAGAAUUUACAAUUGCACCUGGCCAAACCCGUCACAGAAAGCCUCGGUGGAAUCCUGUAUCAGAACUUUGGCUGAAGUGGCAAAAAAUCGUGGAAUUGCCAUUCCAGUGGAUUUGGACGGCCAAGUUAAUACUCUUUUCAUGAAAAGCCAUUCAAAUAUGGUGCAGAGAGCAGCAAUGGGUUGGAGACUAUCAGCUCGCUCUGGGCCACGCUUUAAGGAAGCUCUUGGAGGGCCUUCUUGGGAUUACAGAAAUAUUAUUGAAAAGUUACAGGAUGUGGUGGCCUCCUUGGAGCACCAGUUCAGCCCAAUGAUGCAGGCUGAAUUCUCAGUGUUGGUUGAUGUAUUGUACAGUCCAGAGCUGCUGUUCCCUGAGGGGAGCGAUGCAAGAAUAAGAUGUGGCGCUUUCAUGUCAAAGUUGAUUAAUCAUACAAAGAAACUAAUGGAGAAAGAAGAAAAACUGUGCAUUAAAAUUCUUCAGACAUUACGAGAAAUGUUAGAGAAGAAAGACAGCUUUGUGGAAGAGGGUAACACAUUAAGAAAGAUACUUCUGAAUCGAUACUUUAAAGGUGAUUAUAGUAUUGGCAUGAAUGGACACCUAUCAGGAGCCUACUCCAAAACUGCACAGGUGGGAGGAAGCUUUUCUGGACAAGAUUCAGAUAAGAUGGGGAUAUCAAUGUCAGAUAUUCAGUGUCUGCUGGAUAAAGAAGGUGCAUCAGAGCUUGUCAUCGAUGUUAUAGUGAACACCAAAAAUGACAGAAUUUUUUCAGAAGGCAUUUUCCUCGGCAUUGCCUUGCUCGAAGGAGGAAAUACACAAACACAGUAUUCUUUCUACCAGCAGUUGCAUGAACAAAAAAAGUCAGAAAAAUUCUUUAAAGUUCUGUAUGAUCGAAUGAAGGCUGCUCAGAAAGAAAUAAGAUCAACAGUGACAGUUAAUACCAUAGAUUUAGGUAGCAAAAAAAGGGACGAUGACAAUGAAUUGAUGACAUCUGGUCCACGAAUGAGAGUAAGAGAUUCAACACUACAUUUAAAAGAGGGAAUGAAAGGGCAAUUAACAGAAGCUUCUUCAGCAACAUCCAAAGCAUAUUGUGUAUACAGAAGAGAAAUGGAUCCAGAAAUAGACAUCAUGUGCACAGGACCAGAAGCAGGAAACACUGAGGAAAAAUCUGCAGAGGAAGUAACAAUGAGUCCUGCAAUUGCCAUCAUGCAGCCAAUACUGAGAUUUCUUCAGUUACUGUGUGAGAAUCACAACCGAGAAUUACAGAACUUCUUGAGGAAUCAAAACAACAAAACAAAUUACAACCUUGUCUGUGAGACCCUUCAGUUUCUGGACUGCAUUUGCGGAAGUACAACCGGUGGCCUGGGCCUGUUGGGUCUCUACAUCAAUGAGAAGAACGUAGCACUGGUCAACCAGACCCUGGAGAGCUUGACUGAGUAUUGCCAGGGCCCCUGCCAUGAAAAUCAGACCUGUAUCGCUACACAUGAGUCUAAUGGGAUUGAUAUCAUCAUUGCUUUGAUUCUGAAUGACAUAAACCCUCUUGGUAAAUACCGAAUGGAUCUGGUGCUCCAGCUAAAGAACAAUGCAUCUAAACUUUUGCUGGCCAUUAUGGAAAGCAGACAUGACAGCGAGAACGCAGAAAGAAUUCUUUUUAACAUGAGACCCAGAGAACUGGUGGAUGUGAUGAAGAAUGCCUACAACCAAGGAUUGGAGUGUGACCAUGGGGAUGACGAGGGUGGAGAUGAUGGUGUUUCUCCAAAAGAUGUUGGACACAAUAUCUAUAUUCUGGCCCAUCAGUUGGCCCGCCACAAUAAACUAUUGCAGCAGAUGCUCAAACCAGGAUCAGAUCCAGAUGAAGGAGAUGAAGCCUUAAAGUAUUAUGCCAACCACACUGCACAGAUUGAGAUUGUCCGGCAUGAUAGGACCAUGGAACAAAUAGUUUUUCCUGUCCCCAAUAUAUGUGAAUACCUCACUCGAGAAUCCAAGUGCCGUGUGUUCAAUACAACUGAAAGGGAUGAACAAGGAAGUAAAGUGAAUGACUUUUUCCAGCAAACAGAAGAUCUCUACAAUGAAAUGAAGUGGCAAAAGAAAAUCAGGAAUAACCCUGCACUGUUCUGGUUCUCGAGGCACAUCUCUCUCUGGGGGAGCAUUUCCUUCAACCUGGCUGUGUUCAUCAAUUUAGCUGUUGCUCUCUUCUACCCAUUCGGGGAUGAUGGAGAUGAAGGUACACUUUCUCCAUUGUUCUCGGUUCUUCUUUGGAUAGCAGUUGCGAUCUGCACAUCUAUGCUGUUUUUCUUCUCCAAGCCUGUGGGUAUUCGGCCGUUUCUUGUAUCAAUAAUGCUCAGAUCAAUAUACACAAUAGGUCUUGGGCCUACCUUAAUACUUCUUGGUGCAGCUAAUCUUUGUAAUAAAAUUGUAUUUCUGGUGAGUUUUGUUGGAAAUCGUGGCACGUUCACCCGUGGGUACCGAGCAGUCAUCCUGGAUAUGGCCUUUCUCUAUCACGUGGCGUAUGUCCUGGUUUGCAUGCUGGGCCUUUUUGUCCAUGAAUUCUUCUAUAGCUUCCUGCUUUUUGAUUUGGUGUACAGAGAAGAGACUCUGCUGAAUGUCAUAAAAAGUGUCACACGAAAUGGCCGCUCUAUUAUUCUGACUGCAGUCCUGGCUCUCAUCCUCGUCUACCUGUUUUCCAUUAUUGGGUUCCUUUUUUUGAAGGAUGACUUCACUAUGGAAGUUGAUAGGCUGAAAAACCGAACUCCUGUUACAGGCAGUCAUCAAGUGCCUACCAUGACUUUAACUACCAUGAUGGAAGCAUGUGCCAGGGAGAACUGUUCACCCACAAUUCCAGCUUCAAAUACAGCUGAUGAAGAGUAUGAAGAUGGAAUUGAAAGGACGUGUGACACUCUCCUUAUGUGCAUUGUCACCGUGCUGAACCAGGGCCUCAGGAACGGUGGUGGUGUGGGGGAUGUGCUAAGAAGGCCAUCAAAAGAUGAGCCCUUGUUUGCUGCCCGAGUGGUUUAUGACCUUCUUUUUUAUUUCAUUGUUAUCAUUAUUGUUCUGAACUUGAUUUUUGGUGUUAUCAUCGACACUUUUGCUGAUCUCAGAAGUGAAAAACAGAAAAAAGAAGAAAUUCUAAAGACAACUUGUUUCAUCUGUGGACUUGAGAGAGACAAGUUUGAUAAUAAAACGGUUUCAUUUGAGGAGCACAUUAAGUCAGAACACAAUAUGUGGCAUUAUUUGUACUUCAUAGUCCUAGUGAAAGUUAAAGACCCAACAGAAUACACUGGACCUGAAAGUUACGUGGCUCAAAUGAUUGUGGAGAAGAAUUUGGAUUGGUUUCCUCGGAUGCGAGCCAUGUCCCUCGUUAGCAAUGAAGGCGACAGUGAGCAAAAUGAAAUUCGGAACCUUCAGGAGAAGUUGGAAUCGACCAUGAGUCUAGUCAAACAGCUGUCGGGUCAGCUGGCAGAGCUCAAGGAACAGAUGACAGAACAAAGGAAGAAUAAGCAGAGACUGGGCUUCCUCGGAUCAAACACACCCCAUGUGAAUCAUCACAUGCCACCACACUGAUACCAUGGGGGGAAGCCGUGACUAGCCUUUCAUCAGUGUCCUGCCUGAUCACUGAAUAAAGAACUGAGAUGGAGGGGAGUGAACAGUGCCUAUUGUUGAAAAGUUAAAAACAACCAAGUGCCAAGAUGUUGAGUGGGUUAGCUCCGAGAACAAUUUAUAACUGUGUUUUCAUGGUUGCGAAGACCUAACCUCAAAUGCAUCUGCUAGAAAGCGUACAUCACACAUUCGCAAUGCAACAGGAAGAAAAGGCUUGCCCAAAAGGCUGGAGAGGGCAGGGAGCGGCAGGGUGGAAGGAGACACGGGGCAGAGAGAACUAUCUUCUGCUAAAUCGAUAGGAGUCAGUUUUGUCUUAAAUGCUGACUACAGCCACUGACAUGGUUGGCUGGAAUUUCUUUCUUUUAAUUGUGGCAUAUAGGUUCGUGAUACAA